AUGUUUGAAAAUUGGGCAUGUGUAUGGCAAAAUACGACGAUCAUUUCAGUCAGUGAGCCACUGUCGACGCUGAUGGCAAAAUUCAGGAACCCUUUUGGUGAUCCGUUCGCUACGACGGAUGUUGUCGAGGAGAGCUGGGAAGCUGCAAGCGAACCCACUUAUGUGCCUUCUGCUUUUUGCCAGCUCAUUGAUGAUAUGAUUGGAAAAAGAACGAGGCCCUGGGAUGUGGAACGGAAGCCGAUACGACCUUUCCAGGUAGAGUUUAUGAAGUUUCUUUUGAAAUAUAUAGCCCAAACAGUUUUUCAGCUUCAUCCAUUUUGCCUCUUCGAUAUAAGCAAUGAGAUUUGA